UCCCCGGAUCGGGCCAUCUUGGCUGCGGCCCGCGCGGCAGACGGAGCCGCGGAGGAACCGCGAGACCCAGGCCCCAGAACAAGUCCAGGCGCCGGUGCAGUCCGCCUGGCCUUGCGAGGUUCACGAUAAAGGAGCCGAUCCGGAAUUGGGGAUCCCCAAGGCCUGCACCACCUGCCUGGCCGCGGCUGCGCACCUCCGUCCGCCCUGCCUUCGCUCCAAGGCCGGAACCCCACCUGUUCCCUCGGGUUGACCCAGUUUUAGCAUCACAGGUCCUCAGGUUCCGGGGUUCCGGGCUACCCCACCCCCCUUCUCCCACCCAUCCGUGCAGCCUUUGGCUGACCUCUGCCAACAUGGUCCAACCCCAGACCGCGAAAGCUGACACCCCAGCCCCUGCGGCGGCUACCAGUGCCCAGAUGGAUGACGUCAUCGACACCCUGACCUCGCUGCGCCUCACCAACUCGGCGCUGAGGCGGGAGGCCUCCACGCUGCGGGCCGAGAAGGCCAACCUCACCAACAUGCUGGAGAGCGUGAUGGCGGAGCUGACCUUGCUGCGCACCAGGGCCCGGAUCCCGGGCGCGCUGCAGAUCACCCCGCCCAUCUCGGCAAUUUCCUCCAACGGGACCCGGCCCAUGACCACGCCGCCGACCUCUCUGCCUGAGCCCUUCUCGGGAGACCCUGGCCAGCUCGCAGGGUUCUUGAUGCAGAUGGACAGGUUCAUGAUCUUCCAGGCCUCCCGCUUCCCGGGGGAGGCCGAGCGGGUGGCCUUCCUGGUGUCCCGGCUGACCGGGGAGGCCGAGAAGUGGGCCAUCCCGCACAUGCAGCCCGACAGCCCCUUGCGAAACAACUACCAGGGCUUCCUGGCAGAGUUGCGGAGAACCUACAAGUCUCCCCUGCGGCACGCCCGGCGGGCCCAAAUCAGGAAGACUUCCGCCUCCAAUCGGGCGGUGCGGGAACGCCAGAUGCUGUGCCGCCAGCUGGCCGCCUCCGGCACCGGGCCCUGCCCUGUGCACCCCGCCUCCAACGGGACUAGUCCAGCGCCGGCCCUGCCCACCCGAGCGCGGAACCUUUAAAGCCGGCCACCACCCUGGUUGCAUCAGCAGCUACCAGGUAGUAACCCUCUGCCACGUAGAAGAGAUGUCCCUACAACAGCAUCGUUCUCGUUUGAAGACGCCCCUUCCUGCCUCUCCAGAGUGUUCCAGAAAGAGAUCUUCCUUCAUACUCUUGGGCACCCUGUCGCCCACCUCUGCCUAGUAGUAUGUGCUAGCUUUGUACCCACACUUCAGUGCACGUGUCCCUCCCAUGCUUGCAACUCCAUCUCUCCAGCCACAGCUCUGCUACUCGGUCACAGGACUCCACAACGGGUCCGGACCAUGUGGGCUGACCCUUCCCGGCUGGCAAGGCUCACAGAUCUCCUGUUCCGCCUUCUGCAGACCCCCCACGGCAGCUCCCCACCUGGUCUCCCUGUUCUCACUGAUGAGCUCACUGGUGACAGAAGGCACUUUGGCCAGGCUGGUGGCUUGAUGUGGGGACUUGGAGAGGGGAGUCCGGCCACCCACCCAUAAGUGAUCACCAGUCCUGCCAGGACCCGGUAUAGCAGGCAGGGGACUUGUCCUUGUUCUCAGUGGCCAAGUGAUCCCUGCUGGGAGCGGAGAUCAACAUUUCUGGGGACGAGCUUCACGUGGCACUUGAACAUACAGUCAGUCUGACCCAUCGUCACCACUGGGAAAGCCCGGAAAUGCAGGUGAAGAGAGAAACCUGAAGGACACACCUCCCUGAAUGCCUGGCUUUAGCUGCCAGUGUUCUGAUGGCAGGGAAUGUGGGCAUCUGGAACUUUCCUGCCAAAGGUGACUGGCCUGGGACCACCAGGCAGCUCCAUCAGGCUGCUAGAGGCAGCACGUCUGCACGUCGCGCCGAGACCGCAGGCUGGGCGCUGGCACUGGGUCCUGCUGCCGCCCUGGGCUCCACUGGGAAGCACCGCCCGCUGCUGGUGCGCAGUUACCCUCCUCUGUCCCACGUCACUUGGUGGUGGGCCUUGUCUAGCUUGAGACUUGUUCCCUUCUCCAUUCAGGUGACAGGUGGCCUUUCCCUCUGCCCGUCAGCCCCUCAGCCACCCACAGUAUCUCUGGGUCUCCAGAGUCUCCAGGUAGCAUGGACUCUGAUGCUGGAGACCGCAUUCCCCCGGGAUGUGUCCUUAAGCACUAAGGUGGGGGAUGGGGGGAUUGGCCUCUGGUAACCCCAGCCACGGCCCGGUGGCAUUUGUGAAGGAAAAGAGCUGCAGACUACCUCUGUCCUAGUGGGACAGUGCAGGCUGGCACGCAGGUCCUGAUUGUGAGGGACAGAGGCAUGCCUCUUAGCGGGGAUGGCCUCGUGCUUCCUCGUGGGGGACGCACAAAUCACUUUCGGAAUGCGGCUUGGCCCAGUCCUUUGGGUGGUGAUGCUCCUGCCAUAUUGGACAGUGGGGGAGCUGGGGUAUCACCCUGGGUUCGUCUGCCCCUGUUCUGGCUGGACUGCAGAACAGCCUCCAUACCCACCUAAAGACACAUCUCGGGAUACCCAGAGGCUGUGUCCUGGGGCCCAUCCUUACUUCUGAAGAGUUUGGGUGAUGCUGGGAAAGUGACUGUUCCUGAAGCAACCACUGCCCCAAGGCCCCGGGUGCGCAGUGUUGCCGAUGGCGGAGCACUGCCACCCACGCGCUGCAAACUGUUAGCCCAGUCGCCCUGCUGAACAACGGCCUGGAUACAGGCCACAGGCCCCCUGGAUUCCAGCCAAGGCUGUUCAGGUGGGACAUGGUGCUCAUUAAGCAUGAAUGGGGGGAGGACAGCGGAGCCACAGUUCCAGGGGAGGGACCUCUGAUGGGGGUGUGCUGAUCACUUUCUCUCAGUGCUCAGUUUUCUUCUGCUUGUCUGCCAGGUAUAGUGGCAUCUGGGGAACGGAAGCCUACAGGGUAACACACCUACAGGUUCCGUGUGGCCCAGCGCAGCCAGGACGGGACCCAGCAUGGAAGCCGGGCGGGAACUCAGCUGUCAGCAACCCCCGGGCCUGGCGGGUGUGUCUAGAAAUGCCGUUUGUGAUGGCGCUGUCCAGUCAGCUGCUCAUGUCCCAGGGCCCUUUGCAGUGGGUUGUCGUGUCAGCUCUGGCUUCAUUUGCUUGGCGAUUUGACUGCGUUUUGUCUGGUGCUUACGUUGUUGGGCUUGGGACUGGUGCUGUGACCAUGACUUCCUGCAGCUGUGGUCACGCACAGAUGAUGGAGCUUAGGGUUGUCCCCACAUUGGACUCGGAAGAAUCCACACUGGGAGCCCGUCGGCUCUAGUGGAAGACACCCAGUCCCCAGCGAGAGAGGAUGGGAGCCGCCUCCGUGUGGCCCGGGUCUAGGCCGCUGGCUGGCAGGGUGAAGCCGGGGAAGGAAGUGGGGGAGGAGAGAUGCUUUUUACUGUGGGGUUAUAGGUUCUCUAAACGAGAGCUGGCGUUUUAUACAAGGGCCAGGCAGGCAGUCUUCAAACAGUGCAGGUGAGGGACAGUUUCUGCUUUCCAUGGUGUUGACGUCGGACUGUGUUGUGACUGCUCUCGGUCCCCAAGGCUCCCCUGGUAAGUAAGCUUCAUUUCCUCAGCAUUGUUUGAGGUGGAUUCAGAAUGAGGGGUAACCCCUGGCCUAAUACGGUGUGACCUGGGGAGUGUCUUCUAGGAAAAAGCAAAGACCCAUCUCAUUGGUCCCGGGAAAGUGCAUGAGUGAGUCGUGACGAGUGCAGCAAUACCCCGCGAGGGUGGGUGACACUCCUGAUGUGACGCUCUGGCCAAGGGGGACAGAACCCCCCGCUGGGCUGGUGCAUGACCCUGACGGCCCACAGGAGGGCCGACAGUUGGGAGACGGGCACGUACCGGGGGAGCAGCCCCUGUGGUUGUGUGAAGACUCACGUGCUGGGACCGCCGCCGAGAGGGGGCUCCGGGUGGGGAGAGCUCCUUGCAGGUCCCUCCCGUGGCACCCGGAGCUGCAAGAUGGUCACCUCUGCUCGGGGAGCCUUAGCUUAGAAGCUUAGCGAUGAUCACACCAGGUGGGGCUGUUUUGGGCCAUCGGCCAAAGCUUGCCAGUGUAGGGAGGGGACAGGGUUAAGGCAGGCCCACCAUCCACUGUGAGCAGAGCUGGUCUUGUCACCUCAGGGUCCCAACAUCUCGUGUGGGGCGGUUGGCCCGGCACAAACGCAGUAGAGACGGGAAGAACCCCAGGUACUCCAACAUCGCCAACUCCUUUCAAUAAACGAGUAACCUGCCGGGGCUUGUCAGCAAGACUACACAUAGAAGUUUGGAAAAUAAAGUAGAGAAAAGUGAAAUGUAAUAUUUUGGUAUUUCCCCCUCCAGGCUCCCCUCUCCCCUGUAUUAUUACUAACUUUACUUGGAAGUGGCCGGGUGCUCCUCCAUCAAGUAGAUGGGCAGUAGUGCCAACGGGUGGUCACUGCUCUUACUGAUUUUCACUGUUAACCUGCUGAAUGUCUUUGUGCACAGAAGCUUCCUCCUGGUGUCGCGUUAUUUCUUAGGAUAGAUUCCCAGGGGUGGACCCUUGAAUCAAAGAACUGGAAACCCGCGACAAAGCGGUUUUCAGAAAUGUACCCAUUGACACUGCCACCCGCAAGGACGAAUGUGCCCAUUUCACCAUCUUGCCAGCCUGAGUAUUACCGUCUAGCUAAAUCUCUGUUAAUUUGCUAAUGAGAAAUGGCAUUGUGUUUGGUUUGCAUUUCUUUGCUCUUCAGCACAGUGUACCAUCUUCACGGUAAGCGGUUGUAUUUCCUGUUGUGGUCGUCCGUCCUUUGCCCUGUCUCCUGGGCCCGCUGAGUCUGUGCGAGCUCGUGUGUAUUAAAGACGCUAACCUCUGUGUCUCAGUCA